AUGACGCCUAACGCGGUUAACGGAAUCGACCCGGACCGGUUCCGGGAUCCGACCACCGCGUGGCUCGGUCUUGACGGGGAAUGGAGAGUCAUCGUCGGUAGCUCGACGGACGAACGCCGAGGGUUAGUGCUUCUUUACAAAAGCAGAGAUUUCUUCAACUGGACGCAAUCGACGAAGCCUUUACAUUACGAAGACUUAACCGGAAUGUGGGAAUGUCCUGAUUUUUUCCCGGUCUCGACAACCGGUUCGGACGGUGUUGAGACGUCUUCGUUUGGUCAGGAUGAGGUUAAGUACGUGCUUAAAGUGAGUUUGAUUGAGACACUACAUGAUUAUUACACGAUUGGGAGUUACGAUCGUGAGAAAGAUGUGUAUGUACCGGAUCUUGGGUUUGUGCAAGACGAAACGGCUCCGAGGUUAGAUUAUGGGAAAUACUACGCGUCGAAAACGUUUUACGAUGAUGAUAAGAAACGAAGGAUCUUGUGGGGUUGGGUUAAUGAAUCGUCUCCGGCUAAAGAUGAUAUCAAGAAGGGUUGGGCUGGUCUUCAGUCAUUUCCGAGGAAGAUAUGGCUAGAUGAAUCGGGAAAGGAAUUAUUACAAUGGCCGAUUGAAGAGAUUGAGACAUUGCGUGGGACACAAGUCAACUGGCACAACAAAAUUCUUGAAGCAGGAUCUACUCUCCAAGUUCAUGGUGUCACUGCUGCACAGGCAGAUGUUGAGGUGUUGUUCAAGGUGAAUGAAAUUGAAAAAGCGGAUGUGAUUGAUCCGAGUUGGACCGACCCACAAAAGAUAUGUAGUCAAGAAGAAUCGUCGGUUAAGUCCGGUAUAGGACCAUUUGGUUUGAAGGUUUUGGCAUCCAAGGACAUGGAAGAGUACACGUCGGUAUACUUCAGAAUCUUCAAGUCGAAUGAUACUAAUAAGAAUACCAAGUACCUGGUGUUGAUGUGCAGUAACCAGAACAGAUCUUCGUUGAAUGAUGAAAAUGAUAAAUCCGCAUUUGGUGCUUUUGUGGCGAUAGACCCUUCUCACCAAACAAUUUCUCUUAGGACUUUGAUUGAUCACUCGAUAGUGGAGAGUUAUGGUGGAGGAGGCAGAAAAUGUAUAACCUCUAGAGUGUAUCCAAAAUUGGCAAUCGGAGAAAAUGCAAAUCUUUUUGCCUUUAACAAAGGAACUCAAAGUGUUGAUGUCUUAAGCCUAAGUGCUUGGAGUUUGAAGUCUGCUCAUGUCAAUGACGAGUCGAUUUCACCAUUUAUCGAGCGUGAAGAUUCACACUCACCUAAACAGUCUUGAGUGGAAAUGAAAUAUAUACUACAUACUACCAUUGUAAGGGAAAAUCAAAAUAAUUAAGAGGCCACAACAUUAUUAUGUGAUAUCAAUCUUCUUGAACAUUGUGCUAUUCAAUUCAAAGUUUGAAGUUUUUUUUUUUUUUU